GUUUCCAAGACAACCCGGGAGUCUCCUGGCAACGGUGCGCGGGCCUGUGCCGGUCUCCCGGCCCAGCCGUACGAUGGCUGCAGCAAGUCCCAGCGUAUUCCUGCUCAUGGUCACCGGGCAGGUAGAAAGCGCACAGUUUCCAGAGUAUGAUGACCUCUACUGCAAGUACUGCUUUGUGUAUGGCCAGGACUGGGCCCCAACAGCGGGUCUGGAGGAGGGGAUCUCACAGAUAGCAUCCAAGAGCCAAGAUGUACGGCAAGCAUUGGUGUGGAACUUCCCCAUUGAUGUGACCUUUAAAAGUACCAACCCCUAUGGCUGGCCACAGAUUGUACUCAGUGUGUACGGACCAGACGUGUUUGGGAAUGAUGUGGUCCGAGGCUACGGAGCUGUGCACGUGCCCUUCUCUCCUGGACGGCACAAAAGGACCAUCCCCAUGUUUGUGCCAGAGUCUACAUCUACACUGCAGAAGUUCACAAGCUGGUUCAUGGGACGGCGGCCCGAAUACACAGACCCCAAGGUGGUGGCCCAGGGUGAAGGCCGGGAAGUGACCCGUGUUCGCUCUCAGGGAUUUGUUACCCUCCUCUUCAAUGUGGUGACCAAGGACAUGAAGAAGCUGGGUUAUGAUACUGGGCCUGUGGACACACAAGGAGUCCUGGGUCCCAGUCUACCACAGGGCAACCCACAAUAAACUGUCAGCCUUUCUGUCCACCACUGGGAACCAGAUGCCCUACAGCUCACACACAAUCAAGGACAUAACAACCAGGCUGGGAAGUGGGGGAGUUAAAGAUAGUUUUAUAUAAUAAAGUAUCACAUUUUUUUUCAGAG